AUGUCUAUCUACAGUGGAUUCGCUACAAGAAGCAUGGAAACUGCUUACAAUCGAGGCGUCUGCCACCUGCUUCAGCUUUGCCAAGCUCAUCUCUUAGCCCUGCUUAAAGGAGGUACUUUAUAUCUAGAGCCAAUAGAUGUCCCUUAUCUUUCACAAACCUUCACAAAAAUUUUUCGUAACUUAAAAAAACUCGAGCAGCAUAAGCACUUGCAGCCUAAAUACACUUUAUAUUGUAUAGCCCCUGAAAUAUUUUAGAUCAUUAUUAGCCAUCCAUUUUAAUCUCCAAAAUUAAUUGUACUUGCCAGCUUUUUUGAAAAGUAAAAACGAAAAUGACAAGUCUCCGUUUAUGGUUUUAAGGUGCCUAAUCAGACUUAUACUGUAUAAGGCAGGUGCCCUUACCAUAUUUUUUCUGGUCGAUAUCCUGCUGGGCUAUAGAUAUCUAUUAAGGUGUAUAAGCUAUACAGAGCUAGCUGAUAACUUUGGCAGCAUGGUAAUAAUAACUCAGGACAAGCCUCUCUCACACGCAAAUAGUUCUUUUAGCUCAAUUAAUGGCAGUGAGCUGGAUCUGCAGAUUUUAAAUGAAGCAAUGGCUUAUGAUUCUUCAAGCAUACAUCGAUACACACCAGCACCAAGACUAUCAAGGCCUGACUAUUUAAUUCCAGAACCAAGAGACCAAAGUAGGAGAAGAUAUUCAAAAGAUAUAUCGAGAAAACAGACAUAUUCCUCGAGGUAUUCAGGAUCUCCUCCUCCUUAUGAGCAUUUAAUUGGGGGAUCUCGGGGCAAACUUGUGCUUCAAAGGCCGAGAAGAAUGAAAGCUAUUAAGCCAGAUAAUAUAGCAGAACUGUAUCAGGAACGAGCGUUAAGUAAACUGCAUCAAGAAAUAAGAAGUUUUAUGUAA